AUGAGAAAUGUGCCCUCGGUAGCAUGGCAUGGUUCAUGCCUUGUUGGCAUACGGACACUGUUCACGCCGUCUUGUACCGUGCAAUCACCGGCCAAUUUGAUUGCGAAUAGUUUACGGCGAUGUUGGACACGGCGACAGCUUUCAUAUAGCUCACAAGGGGUAUUGCGAUAUCAACAAGCAUGGAAGACGACUCGACAUACCUCACCCUUUGCUCCUAUCUCAGCGGCCCGUUCUACACUUAUCAGAACCGCAACAAACUCUACCACCGAACAGCCAAAAGAAAUUGAACAUGGCGUCCGCCUCGACUCGCAGCCAUUAUCGGCUGCCGAAAUCAAGACAAUAUUUCGCUCAUCAAGCGUCACACCUGAAAUGGGCAAUCGGAUCUUGUCCGUCCUCCAUGGCCGUCGAUUAGAGGGUACCCUCGACUUGAAUCUCCCUUCGGAUAUAAAACGUGCCGUGCGCUCGCGCACAAUCGAGAAUGGCCUCCAAUGGCUUCGCGCAAAUCACCCCAUAGACGAAGAUGCAGCUAUUCUAGCCCGUAUAGAGCGCGAAGAAAAGGAAGAAGAAGAACGAUUGCUGCAAUAUGUGCAAGAGCUAGGUCCUCAAAGCGGGCAUUGGAAUGCUCAGCUGGGUGAGGAGGGUGAUAUAUAUGGUCGAAGUACUUUUCAAGAAACUCGAAAAUUGAAUGAGGCGAGACUACUUAAGGAACAGGAGAAGAAUAGGAAGGAAUGGCUGGAGGGGGAGAUGAAGGACCGAGAGAAGAUUCAGAAGCAGUUGAAGGGGAAUACGGAGUUGCAGAAGUAUAAUCCUUCUGCAGUCGUGGAGGCUCGACCACGAGCCGACCCGCAGGAACGACCGUUCCUCGCCUGGGCUCAGAAGCAUUACGUUCGAGCCGAGAACACAGACUCCGAUUUCAGCACGAUGACAACAGCGCGCCGUAUCCUACCAGCCUUCGGCGUAACCCUUCUCGUCCUAGGACUAUGCUACUACUACGCAGAAACAUACCAACCACCAGUAUACUAUAAACGAAUGUGGAAAGGUAUUCCCCCAGCAGCUGCAACAAUAAUGGGCCUCAUGGCUACCAAUGUAGGCGUAUGGAUGUUGUGGAAACUGCCCCCUGCAUGGCGAAUGUUGAAUCAGUACUUUAUCAGCGUGCCAUUGUAUCCUUAUGCCAUGAGUGUGGUGGGCAGUGUUUUCAGUCACCAGCAAUUUAAGCAUUUGCUUACCAAUACCGUGAUUCUCUGGCUUAUUGGACUGAGACUGCACGACGAAAUCGGCCGUGGCAAUUUUCUGUCAUUAUACCUCGCCUCCGGCGUCGUCGGCUCACUUAUAUCCUUGACAUCGCAUGUCCUCCUCCAAAGGCUGACUGUAACCUCCCUCGGUGCCAGCGGCGCAAUCGCCGGUCUAGUCGCAGCUUGGUGUAUGCUGCACUCUGACGACAAACUCGUCCCCAGCUUCCUCCCCCACGAUUGGCGCGACUCCAUCUCCGCCAACGGUUCCACCGUCCUCGCAGCCAUAGUCGCCUUUGAAGUCUUCAAUCUCGUUUCUCCGUUCAAAGUAGUCGGAAAACUAGAUAAUUACGCUCAUUUGGGUGGCUAUUUUGCGGGGUUCGUGUGGGCGCUGCUGUAUAAAUCGAAGAGGGAGAAGGAGAGGCAAAGGAAGAGAAAUGAGAGAGGGUUUUUGGAUCGGAUCGGUUCUGUCUAG